GCAGCCACCUCUGCGGCCAGCGGUUCUCCUGUCCCUGCCGGAGCCUCAUGAUGGAGCUCAGCCUAACCCCGGCCAGGCAUCUGGACAAGUUCAUCGAAGACCACCUCCUGCCAGACACGCCUUUCCGCAGGAGGGUCAAAAAAGCUGUCAAUGACAUCUGCAGUUUCCUCAAGGAGAGGUGUUUCCAAGGUGCCCCGCACCGUGUCCGGGUGUCCAAAGUUGUGAAGGGCGGCUCCUCGGGCAAAGGCACGGCCCUCAGAGGCCGCUCUGACGCCGACCUCGUGGUCUUCCUCAGCGAGCUCAGAAGUUUCCAGGAGCAGUUGGAUCGCCGAGGGGAGUUCAUCGGGGAAAUCAGGCGACAGCUGGAAGCCUUUCAAAGAGAGACUGGAGUGCAGUUUGAGAUCCAGGGGUCUCGAUGGGAGAAGCCCCGCGCGCUCAGCUUCGUGUUCCGGUCCCCGGAGCUGGACGACAAGGUGGAGUUUGAUGUACUGCCCGCCUUUGACGUCCUGCGUCUGUGGCCAGCAGGUCCUGAGCUGCACAUCCACGAAGGCUACAGACCUGAUCCCCAAAUCUACGUCAAGCUCAUCAACGAGUGCACACGCCUGGGGAAGGAGGGCGAGUUCUCGCCCUGCUUCACGGAGCUGCAGCGAGCCUUCCUGCGGCAGCGGCCCACCAAGCUCAAGAGCCUCAUCCGCCUGGUCAAGCACUGGUACCAGCUGAGCAAGGAGCAGCUGGGGAAGCCGCUGCCGCAGCAGUACGCCCUGGAGCUGCUGACCGUCUACGCCUGGGAGCGUGGGUGCAAGGAGACCUGCUUCAGCACCGCCGAGGGAUUUCGGACCGUCUUGGAAUUAGUCGUGGGCUACCGGCAGCUUUGCAUCUACUGGACUAAGUAUUACGACUCUGAAAAUCUUGUUAUUGUUCAAUAUCUGAUAAGACAGCUCAAGCAACCCAGGCCUGUGAUUCUGGACCCAGCUGACCCUACAGGAAACGUUGCAGGUGGAGGCGGCUGGCAGCGGCUGGCACAAGAGGCUGCAGCCUGGUUGAGUUACCCUUGCUUUAAGAAUUGGGAUGGGUCUCCAGUGGGCUCCUGGGACAUAGCGCUCCAAGGAGAGAGCGAAGAUAGCUGGACAUGCGCCAUCCUCUGAAGCCAGUGCGUCUUAGGGGACAGGGCUCCAGAGUCAUGUGGGCCCGCCUCCUCCUUCCCCGGGGGGCCACUGUUGAUUCAGAGAGGAUAGAGGACUGCACCUAGCCAGCAGUGAGUAGGACAGACCUAGGACCAAAAUCCAGGUCUCCUGACCCCACCCUUCCCACUAUUCUGUGCUUCUCUUCUUUCAUCAGCCCGGCCUCACCCCGCCUAUUCUCAGACAACAAGAGAAAGAUUGUGUAGACAAAAGAGGGAAUUCCCAGCCUUGACUUUCUUCUGUGUCCCUGGUGGGAGGGUUUCAGUCCCAUUUAUUAUCACUUGCAAUAAAAAUAAUAGCAAAAAAAGAGAGUAAAUUGUCAAAAGACCACCUUGAGAAAAACAAUACAAUAAAUGUUUCAGAAAGAGGAGAGAGAACCCAUCGGCCUGCGGAUUGAAGAGUCCCAGGUUGGAUUCCGGUCAAGGGCAUAUGCCUGGGUUUGCGUCUUAGGGGACAGGGCUCCAGAGUCAGUGGGUGGUGAAGGCUUGGGGG